GCUGAAUUCAGGCUCCUCUCUUAUGUUGUCAACCUUUUUUAGCACAUAAAUCUCCCCCACCGCAGCUUUUGAACCCCCUUCUCUACCCUGCCGGAAUUCCAUCAUUACUACAACACCACCAAGGGUAGAAGAUAAAUCGUACGCCGAUGCUGUAGCUACAGUGUAUCGCCAAAAGAGAGAAUAAAGGAGAAAGGAAACCCUAAACCCCAGCAAAAGAAUUCCACCACAUGAUCGGUCAACCGGGCUUCGCCUAUCUCACUAACAACAUUCAGACCCCCCUCCAGGGUUGUUGCCACGACCAAUCCGUGCUUACACGCAUACGUGUAGAUCAUACUACGCUGCGAAGUGCAUUCACCUUCUUCCUGAAGAAAUUACCAAAGAAAGACAAAUUAUAUUAGUGUAAAUGAUGACUGCUUUAACGUGGUUCAUCACCGGCUGCUCUAGCGGAUUCGGCGAAAUCCUAGUACGCCAGCUCCGGGCCGCCGGUGAUAAUGUCAUAGCCACAGGUCGCAAUGCCGAUACGAAGCUCUCCCAUCUCAAAGACACCGGAGCGGCGAUUCUCGAUCUGGAUGUCACGGCGCCUGCCGCCGAAAUCCAGACCAAAAUCGGCGAAGCUUGGGAGAUCUAUCCAGGGGGCAUCGACAUCGUGGUCAAUAAUGCUGGCUUCAUCGUCAGCGGAGCGAUUGAGGAAUUAACGCAAGAAGACAUGGACUCUUCUUUCAAAGUGAAUUUCCAUGGUCCACUCAACAUCACCCGUGCUGUCCUCCCUCGUUUCCGAGCAAGGAACAAGGGUACGCUUCUGUAUGUAGGCUCUCAAGCGGCGUGGCAUGCCGAUCCUAGUGCUGGCAGCUAUUGUGCAGCCAAGUUUGCUCUAUCAGGAGCUGUUGAAUGUCUCGCCAAAGAACUGGCCAUCUUCUCUCCUGGCAUCAAGGUUCUCAUUGUCGAUCCUGGGUACUUCCGCACCAAGGUGUUUUCCAACAUCAACCAUGUGGAACCCCGCAACCCAGACUAUGCUCAAUUCAAUGCCGGUGUUCGGCAGUUUGAAACCUCGCUCGUUGGAAAAGAGCCUGGUGACGCCGACAAAGCCGUGACGCGAAUGAUUGAGCUCGUCAAGGGCACGGGCAUGGCUGCUGGGAAGCAGAUCCCUCUCCGAGUACCCUUGGGAUCAGAUGGCUGGGAAAGGGUCAAGACAAAAUGCGAAGAGACGAUCAAGAUUUGCGAAGACUGGGAGGAGGUUGCCAAAAGCACAGACUACAUUGCGAUAGAUGAGGCUGUGAACUGAUACUAGACCUUAGUUAGUUCUUAAUACAGCAACCAUCUACCGGAG